CCAUGCCUUAGGAAUCCCGUAUUCAUGAGAUAGCAUUUCAAGCAUUAUGUCUUAUUCAGAAAUUGAAUUUAAAAACCGAUGGAAUAUUGAAGCCAAACUUCCUAACAAUGCAUCAUUGGUCCAGAUUAUAUAACCAUAGUACAUAAUCAUACAUAAGCUUCUGCUUUUGUUUAUCACUGUCCAUAUGGAGAUUAUCCCUUUAGCUCUGUAAUGCCUAGGUAUGCAUCUUUAGAUUUGCUGACUCCUUAAAAACUUAUGGAUAAAAGCAUUCAGAGUUGAGAAUGUUAAGCUCUUGUCCUGCAAAGCUACAACGCUUCCCACAGAUCUUCUGAAGGAGACUUGCCAGUUUCUCUGCUGCCAUCCAUAAUGCCUCAAAAAACUGUACUUAUUACAGGUUGUUCUUCGGGAAUUGGUCUGGCAUUAGCUGUCAAAAUGGCCGCAGACGAACAGAAAAGAUUUAAAGUGUAUGCUACAAUGCGGAGCCUGGCCAAAAAGGACAACCUUAUAGAAGCUGCAGGCAAUGCUAUUGGAAGCACCUUAGAGAUCAAACAACUGGAUGUAUGCAGUGAAGAAUCUAUUAAAAUGUGUAUCAGUAGCAUUCCAGAUAAGAGGAUUGAUAUCCUAGGCAACAAUGCUGGCGUAGGACUCAUUGGACCUAUUGAAUGCCAAACCAUUGCAGAGAUGCAAAACGUGAUGGAUACAAACUUCUUUGGGCUGGUCCGACUGCUGAAGGAGAUUUUGCCUGACAUGAAGAAAAGAAAGAGUGGCCACAUCGUCAUUAUUAGCAGUGUCAUGGGAAUACAAGGGAUUCUAUUCAAUGAUGUUUAUGCUGCAUCUAAAUUUGCAGUGGAAGGAUUCUGUGAAAGUUUAGCCAUACAAGCACUCAAGUUUAAACUUCAACUAACUUUAGUAGAACCAGGCCCAGUGGUUACAGAGUUUGAAAGGAAGGUUUUUGAAGAGGGAAUGAAAAUGGAUCUUUCAGCCGCAGAUGUGGAAACAGCAGACAUGUUUGUAAAUAUUUACCUGAAAAAUUACAAGCAAAUUUUCCAGACUCUGGGACAAACUGCCGAGGACAUAGCGGAGCAUACAGUAAAGAUAAUUCUGGCAGAAAACCCACCUUUUCGGCACCAGACCAACACCUUAUACACUCCAAUUACGACACUGAAGUAUGCCGACCCAAAUGGAGACCUGCCUAUUGAUACCUUCUACAAAAUGGUUUUUCAGCAUGAUAAGAUCUUCAGCGCAAGUCUUAACUUCAUUAAAUUGCUGAGAUGGAAAAGCAGAAAGAGCUUUGACUUAGGAGGAAGAUCCUCCCAAUGAAGAGGGAUUGCAGUGGGCUAUUUCUGAUGUUUCCUAUGUAGAGGCGCUUUCUGUAUAGAAAACACAAAACAAAUGGUGCUGACUGAACCUCUGUUUCAGAACACAGUAUUUCUAGAUAAUUCUCCCCACCUGAAGACAUCAAUGUUUCUGAUCCUCCAUCACCACCACUUUAGUUUGGUAGCUCCUCUCAUGAACAUAAACGUGUCAUU